AUGGCCGACGAUGACCACCCUAGAGAUCCUGUUAACCGAAACCUAAACAAGGACCAAGAUGGGUCCGAGCAUACUGAAAAUGAAGAGAAUGAUCACAGAGAAGAUACCGAAGGAGCGAUUCAUGACUUGCAAAUUCUAGUUGGGAACAAGAUUGUUCCAGCAGAUUUCCAAGUUCUGGAAAUGGAUGAAGACAAAGAGAGACCACUUAUAUUCGGCCGACCGUUUCUAGCUAUAGUAGGAGCAGUAAUCGAUCAUGCAAACUGGCAUGCUGUCUUUCUGAACGUGGACCGCAAGAAGUUUCAUCCCACUGUCCCAGGCGAUGCUUCGAACAAAGAAAAGCGGCCAAAAGAGAAAGACAAGGAGGAGUCAAGGCCUUUUGCAAAAAUCAAGAUCAUCAUUCCACCAGAUUCAACAGAGUUUAGUGAGGAACAGAUCCAAGAACUGAUCGAGAACACUAAAAAGGUUCUAAACAACGUUAAAGUCCGAAAGAAAAGUAAGGGAAAGAAGUAUUACAAGAAGAAGAGGCUAAAUCUCCAGCACCCGAAAAUGAUAAAGGCACAUCAAGAGAAGUGUCAUAUCCUCCAACCUGAUCUUAUAAAGCCUAAGUUGAGGGAAAUGGAACGAACCGAGUCUCGGAGAUGCCGUCGCACUGGUGACAACUCCAAGGCAAUACCUGAUGAUAUUACUCUAGGAGAGUACAUGCUGAAUCGAGCUAGACCAAGAACAAGAGACAGUCCUACUCACUUAGCAUUUCUGCACUUUGUGAAGCUCUUAAGCUUCCAUACACUGAUGGCAUUCAUCUCUAAGAAGAUCCUGAUUUUGACUUAUGGAGAGAGAUGGGUCAUAGCGUCUAUGAUAGCGGGAGAUCCAGGAAGUGGUGCUGAUGAGGCCUCAGGCACAUCUGGAAGUGUUGCCCCUGUGCCUCCAGCUCCAGUGGAUCAGCAGGGAGAGAACCUUGCGGGAGGUGUGCCUGUUCAAGUGCCUCCAGCAGCGGGAGCUGCUCAUGCUGCAGUCCUGGAGGAAUUGCGCCGUUAUCGGGAGAUGUAUGGCCACUGGAACCCUGGAGUGGGAGUGAAUGCUCAGCAGGAGCAGCAGCAGCCGCAGCAUCAGGAGCAGCAGAAUGUGCAGCCGCCAGUGUUUGAGCCGCCGCCUAUGGUAGUGCCGCCAGUGUAUGUUCAGCAGCAGUAUGUGCCUCCACCGCCUCCUGCGCCUGUCAAUGUGUUUGGACUGACCUAUUAUCAGGCCAUGAAACACUUGAAGGAUAUGGGAAUGGAAGCCUUUGGCGGGAGGUCUGACCCAGUGUCUGCGGAUAACUGGAGGAAAAGGUUGGAGAGGAAUUUUGAAGCCAUGAGAUGUCCGGAGGGAUACCGGAAGGAUCUAGCUGUUCAGUACCUGAAGGAAGAGGCGCUGAUAUGGUGGGAUGGUGUGGUCGAAGCGACUCAAGGUCGUUAUGAGUUGACCUACCGGGAAUUCCAGGAAGCUUUUGCUAAGGAGUAUUUUCCACCUGAAGCUUUGGAUCAGAUGGAGAGUGAGGAGUUCAACCGGUUGAGGAGGUUCUCCAGGAAGCAGUUCACGCAGGCAGACUUGGUUCGUCAGUUCAUGAAUGGCCUAAAGUUGGAGCUGAGGAGCAGGUGUUCCCUUAGGAGGUAUGACACCUUGGUGGAGCUUGUGGAGACAGCUGCCAUCCAAGAGACCUCGCUUGAGGAGCUAAGGAGAGUCAGGCAGGGCUUGUCUCGUCCAAACCGUGCUCAGGAAGGGCCGAAAAGGACUUGGGACACUAUGGCAGCUCCAGGGGUUGGACUGCCUAUGUGCCAGAGUGUUGGCCACCAUGAGAAGGAUUGCGCAGUCACAGGGACUAACCGGUGCUACCGUUGUGGGAAGAGUGGCCAUCAGAGGAAGGAUUGUCCGGGGAAUGCGAAUCCUCAGCAAGGAGUGGGAGCAUUGCCAGGACCACCAGCUAAGAGGCAAGCUGUGGAACCCCGUGUUUUCGCCAUCGGAGAUCCCGAAAGACCAGCACCGAUCGCUGGAUCGGUCUCAGUAGGGGGUGCGAUUGCAUAUACACUGUUCGACACCGGUGCCACACAUAGUUUUGUGAGCCCGAGGUUGACCCAGUGUUGGACCUUCUCCGGAAAGUUCACCCCCAGGUUGAAAGCAGUGGAAACUGCUGGAAGUGAGCAGGUGGAGACCAUUGGAAUCCAUGAAGAGGUGCCUAUCUUGUUGGAAGGAGCAGAUUUUCCUUGGACUCUAGUGAAAAUGAAGUUGGGCCACUAUGAUGUUAUCCUUGGAAUGGACUGGCUGAAGCAUUAUGAAGUUGUCCUGAAUUGCCGGAAGUCGAAGGCCUAUAUUCUGCAUCGAGGAGGUCGGGUUGCCUUUCAAGGAGUAAAGACCGACACAGGAGUGCCAGUCAUUUCGAUGAUUCAUGCCGAGAAUCUUAUAGAAGAAGGAUGUGAAGCUUUCUUGGUGACAGUCUCUAUGGUAGGAGAAGGAGCACCUAAGAGCCUUGAGGAGAUAUCAGUGGUAAAUGAAUACGCGGACGUAUUCCAACCAUUGACUGGACCUCCGCCAAGAAGAGGAGUUGACUUCACUAUCGAAUUAGAACCUGGAACAGCCCCUGUUUCGAAGGUUCCAUACCGAUUGGCACCAGCAGAGAUGGCUGAGCUAAAGAAGCAGUUGGAGGACUUGACGGAUAAAGGAUUUAUUCGGCCAAGCAGCUUGCCAUGGGGAGCGCCCGUGCUAUUUGUAAAGAAGAAAGAUGGAAGCUUUCGACUUUGCAUUGAUUAUAGAGGGCUGAAUAAGAUUGAUUUGGCGUCAGGCUAUCACCAGAUUCGGAUAGCAGAGGAGGACAUUAGUAAGACAGCAUUCCGAACUCGAUAUGGUCAUUAUGAGUUUGUGGUAAUACCGUUUGGAUUGACUGAUGCGCCUGCAGUUUUCAUGAAGUUGAUGAAUGAUAUUUUUCGGGAGCACUUGGAUAAGUGUGUGAUUGUCUUUAUUGAUGAUAUCCUGGUCUAUUCAAGGUCGGAGAGGGAACAUGAAUGGCAUUUGGGAAUGAUUGUGCAGAAGUUAAGGGAUCAGCAGCUUUUUGCGAAGCUAAGCAAGUGUAGCUUCUGGCAGAGGAAGAUGGGAUUCCUUGGGCAUAUUGUCUCCGAAGAGGGAGUAGCAGUGGAUCCUGAGAAGAUCAUUGCAGUGACAGAGUGGCCUGUACCUAAAAGUGUUACUGAGGUCCGUAGCUUUUUGGGUCUAGCUGGGUAUUAUCGCAAGAUUGUGCCUAAUUUCUCCCGUAUUUUCAAACCUCUCACCAGCUUGACGGAGAAGAAUGUUAAGUUUGAGUGGACGGAUAAGAGAUCUCAGAGAUUUGAGGAGUUGAAGCAGAAACUCAUAGAGACCCCGAUAUUGGUACUUCCAUGGUCAGGAAUACCAUAUGAUGUAUACACCGAUGCCUCUGGAUCCAGGCUAGGAUGUGUGCUGAUGCAGGAGAAGAAGGUCGUAGCUUAUGCAUCUAGACAGCUUCGGAAGCAUGAAGUGAAUUAUCCGACUCAUGAUUUGGAGUUAGCAGUAGUAGUCUUUGCUCUGAAGAUUUGGCGUUCUUACCUGUAUGGGGAGAAGGUGCACAUAUAUACUGAUCAUCAGACCAACCAAGUGGCAGAUGCCUUGAGUAGAAGGAGAAAUGCGGUUUCUGAGGCUAAGGAAACGCAGGAGCUGAUAGCGACUUUGGCGAAUUUGAGUUUGUGUGUCGCUGAAGUAGAGGAUGAUGCCGCAGGAUUGGAAGCGUUGGAUAAUGGUGACCUGCUGAUGAGGAUUCGUCGGGAGCAAGCGCAUGAUUUGUCCCUUAAGAAGAUUUUUGAAAAGCAAGUGGUUGGGUACCACAAAGCAGACAAUGGGACUUACAUGUACAGGAAUCGGGUCUGUGUUCCCAUGAAUGAUGAGCUAAGGAGGGAAGUGUUAAGUCAGGCUCAUCAGUCGAAGUUCUCUAUUCAUCCAGGGAACACCAAGAUGUAUCAGGAUCUGAAACGCUACUACCAUUGGUCUGGUAUGAAGCGUGAUAUUUCUGCUUGGAUAUCUCAGUGUGCCACAUGUCAGCAAGUGAAAGCAGAGCAGAUGGCACCAAGUGGACUUCUCCAGAACUUGCCAUUACCAGAAUGGAAAUGGGAUAUGGUAACUAUAGAUUUUGUGACGGGGUUGCCCAGGACACUAGAUAAGAAGAAUGCGAUUUGGGUAAUCGUAGACCGUCUUACUAAGUCAGCUCACUUUUUGCCAAUUAAAAAGACGGAUGGAGCAGAGCAGUUGGCGCAGAAGUAUAUUGAUGUUAUUGUGAGGUUGCAUGGAAUUCCAGUGAGCAUAGUGUCGGAUCGGGAUCCAAAGUUCACAGCUAGUUUCUGGCAAGCUUUCCAGAAAGCAUUGGGAACAAAGGUUCAUCUCAGCACAGCAUACCACCCUCAGACAGAUGGCCAAUCGGAGAGGACGAUUAGGACCCUAGAGGAUCUGUUAAGAGCGUGUGUCUUAGAUUGGGAAGGAAGUUGGGAGAAGCAUUUGCCUUUGGCGGAAUUUGCUUGUAAUAACAGUUAUCAUAGUAGCAUUGGGAUGGCACCAUAUAAGGCUCUAUAUGGUCGGCCUUGUCGCACACCUCUGUGCUGGACAGAAGUAGAAGAAAUGAGAGUGCUAGAGCCAGAACUUCUUGAGGAGGCGUCUAAGCAAGUGGAAAUGCUUAAGACAAGGUUGAAAGAAGCUCAUGAUCGCCAGAAGAGCUAUGCAGAUCAGCGAAGGCAGGAGUUGUCUUUUGAAGUUGGUGAUUUGGUGUAUCUGAAGUUGAGGACCUUCAGAGGGAAUGAUAAGCAUCGGCUGAUGAAGAAGCUUAAGCUUCGGUACAUGGGACCGUACCCUAUCCUGGAGAGGAUUGGAGAAGUGGCUUAUCGAUUGGAGUUGCCCAAAGAAUUAGCUGAGUUCCAUGAUGUGUUUCAUAUCUCUCUUCUGAGGAAAGUUGUGAGGGAGCCAGAGCUCAUUUUGCCCCAGCCGCCAGCAGAUGUAAGGAAGGACUUCUCAGCAGCAUAUCAGCCUGUGGCAGUGUUGGAAUUUCGGGAGAAGGAGUUGAAUGGUAAGAGGAAGCCAGCAGUUAAGGUGUGUUGGGAAAGGGAUGGAAUCCGCGAGGAAACCUGGGAAAUAGAGCAGGAAAUGCGGAAGGAAUUCCCGAAACUCUUUAAGGACAAAGGAGAAACCGGAGGAGUAUGA